AAUAACCAUAAAUGUGAGGAGCAAAAAUGUUAUCAAGAAAUCUGUCGUAUUUAAAAUUUGUUUUAAAUUCAGAAAUCAGAUCACAUACGUUUCGAUUAAAUGGUGACUUGUUGAUGUUUAAUUUGUGCUAUCGUGGUUUCAAAUCGUUGACCGUUAACUAUUGGAAUUCGAGCGGAUGUUCUGAAGCAUUCAAACGGACUUUUUUAAUAUGUUGCCGCAAAUGCCACGUGCUUCGAGCCCCUCCAGAACUGGACUGGCGUGACGUAACUACGGAAGCAGAGCAGAUAGUGGGCUAUCCAACCUCCUUCCUCAACCUUAGAUGGCUAUUCAACGAUGAGAUUGCAAACACCGCUAUACAUUUGCGGAAAUUGGUAGGUACGAACCACCCCCUACUGAAAUCGGCGAAAAAUCUCUUGAUCGGAUCUAAAAGCAACCUACAAUCUGUUGGUUUGAUCAUCCUCCUGGUGUCCAAAGCGGCUGGGUUCGACCCUGCACACCAUGCAAUAGAAACCCACGACUGUGGCGUCCUUCAUUCCCAAAGGGCUCUCGCAGAAAUAGUCGAAAUGAAGAGAACAGGACACUUGAUUCAUAAGACUAUGGAGAAUCUUAAGGACCGGCAAAAGUAUGGGGAUAAAUAUCAGGAUUUGCUAUACGGGAACAAAAUUGUUUUGCUAACAGGUGAUUACCUCCUAGCUCGAUGUCUCCAGCACCUCGGUGGUCUGCGUAACAAUGAAGUGACGGAGCUGAUCUCCACUGGUUUAAGGGAUCUAGUAGAAGGAGACUUUAUUGGUGAUCAUGAUGAUGAGCAUAAACCGUUGCCAACAAAGCCCAAAGCGAGCAACGAAAUCAUAGAGAACUAUGAUUGGGAAAGUGAAGAGAAUCUUGCCAAACUUGGCUCCAAUACAUACCUUGGCCAAGGUAAAGACGAGUGGUUGGUACGCACUAUGCUUACCUCUGGAAGCUUACUCGGCAAGGGUUGUCAAGGGGCAAUGAAACUCGCAAAUAAGGGCAAGAAAUUUGAACGAGACGCCUACAAACUUGGCGGACAUUUGGCCAUAAUGUGGCAACUCUAUCUAGACAUAAAAGACUUUUUUACACAUCCAUAUUCAUACUCCUUGGUUGGCGCGCCAGUCACUAUUGCCUUAUGGGAAUAUCCAUCGAUUUAUGGGCAUAUUUGGACAUCUAAAAUGGAAAAGAAACCCAUAGAGCUUAAGCAGUUAUAUUACGCGGUGCGUGCUACGAGAUCUAUGGAAUAUAUUUCAACGUUAUUGGAUGAAGAAUUAGCGGCAGUUAUGAAAUAUAGCGCCAAGUUUCCGGUUGAAGAUGCAAGAUCGGCAUUGCAAAAGAUGGCGUUGACUGUCCAUGGUGAAACUUUGCAGUAUAUGGAAAAAUAAUUGGAU